CAAAUGAAGGAGCUGGUGAGCCGGUGCGCGCGUUUAUGAUGACUACACCGAAGUGAACAUAUUUACAACACAUCACCUAGAUCAUUAAAGCUCUGAGAACAACUACAUAAAAUCAACUUCUUUAAAAAAAAAAACGAUCAAAAUCGAAAUGACAGCGACAACUAGCAGGGAUAAACUGAGCGCGUCUCUGAGUGAUCUGAUGCGCUGUCUGCCUUCAUCACACGGACUCUGUCUGGAUGCGUCCCCCGCGUCACGCUCGGACCAGUUCAGCGAGGCGUCGGGAGGUGGCUUGAGCACCGAGGGCUUCGGCGUGGAUCAGCGGGGUCUUGAGCUGACAGACCCGAGCAGUAUUUCUCCGCACAGCGCGCCUGUCGCCUAUACAGGGAGGAUCUCCAUCGACGCGCAAGGAAGCUGGAAUCAGGAGGGAAUAAUCAACUUUGUCAGCGCAGGAGUGCAAGACAGGCCGCCUUCCCCGGGAUCAUUCUCCACGGGCUCCCCCUCAGACCCAGACUGCUCCAAAAUAGCUCAAACCCUUGCCAACAUGGAGCACAUGUACACAGCCCCGCCCCCUUACACCUGCAGCGCCGAUGGUUACCAGGACCCCUCGGCUUACCUAUCGACCACCACGUGCCCCAUAACUUACACAACUCCGUCCUACUCCACCCCAAAGCCAUCUAUAGACGGGACGCUUUUCUCCAUCAUUCCAGAAUAUGGGGGCUUUUAUCAGACCAGCAGCAGCCAAAGGGACAACAUGGCUGUGUUUCAGGACAUCAAGCCAUUUUCGUGCGCUCUGGAGUCUAUCAGAGUGCCUCCGCCUCUGACUCCCUUGAACACCAUCAGAAACUUUACUCUGGCGUGUCCGGUUGAGGGGCCGAGGCCGCCUGUGGAUUGCACCAAUCCGCAAAGCGUCCCACUCAGGCCGAUUCUGCGGCCACGGAAGUACCCGAACCGACCGUGCAAGACGCCGGUCCACGAGCGGCCGUACCCCUGUCCCGCGGAGGGAUGCGACCGGAGGUUCUCGCGCACGGACGAGCUGACGCGCCACGUGCGCAUCCACACCGGCCACAAGCCGUUCCAGUGCCGCAUUUGCAUGCGCAGCUUCAGCCGCAGCGACCACCUCACGACGCACAUACGCACACACACCGGAGAGAAGCCCUUCUCCUGUGACUUCUGCGGAAGGAAGUUCGCCAGGAGCGACGAGCGACGGAGGCACACGAAAAUCCACCAGAGACGGACAGAUAAAAGUGGCUCCGCGCCUCCCCACAGCUCGAGUGCCGGCGGAACACCGACGUGAACACCAGUGUAACCCGCUCCGACUGCUGCGAGAGCCAGUCGUUGUCCCAUUUAAACCUGGAACUCUUUUUGUGUGUGCGCACGCACAAAUAUACGAAGGCAGCUUAUAAUUUAAGUGUUGAAUGUGGUCUGUUGUAGUACCUAGACUACGUCUUUACCAGAGAAUAUUUCAUGUGGUGCAAAUUGCAGUUGUUAUAAAUAUAGUGUUUACAGUGAGUCUUUUUUAUUGGCAUUAUUAUCGUUGUGUCUGAAUAAAAUUAUUAUAAUAAACAAGGUGUAUUCUUUUGAGAA